AGAAGAAGGUAUAAACGAACAUAAAGUGCAGAUGUAACUUUACUUCUGUGUAUAUUUGUGCUGUCACACCUGUUACCAAGCAACAGAAGAAUCGAUAAAUAAUACAGUCGCAUGCGAUUGUUAGUGACUCCCUUCAGUCAGUCUUUUUGACCGUUACCUAAAUGUUCUUCACACUAUACAAUCGAACAGAUGAUUGAUAUAUUCGAUGGUAAAGAAAAUGGCAAAUAAAAUACGAAAACAAAAAAUAGCUGUUAAUUACAAGGUUAAAGAACCCAUAAGCAACUUCAAAAUAAGAGUCAAAAUCGUACAGCAAAGGCCUUUGCUUGCAGAACUGCUCGAAAACGAAGGGGAUACCAGAGACUCGAAUUUUCUUGAAGAAGAGGAUCAUAUUUUUAACUGGCAAGAAAAAGUAUUUAGUCCGUUCGAAGUAAGUUUUUAUAGUGACGAAACAAAUUGUCUGACUGAAUGUCAGAAAGUUUAUUAUCAACAAAUCAAGGAAGAGAAUAUUGAGGGUUCUCAACUUUAUACUUAUACGCAAAAUGAUUCUUAUUAUUCGAGGGAUGAAUUGUUAUCAAAACCUUAUAAGACGAAAUUGGCAAUCAGGAACCAAACUGCAUUACCGGCCUUGCAAAAUCGCAAACCCUUUUCCGAAAGAUACAAUAAGAUGGUCAUAGAUGAUGUACCUAGCGACACAAGGAUUCGAACAAAUCAUUAUCUCUACAUGGAGCGUUCUGCGAUGUAUGUCAUGGUUGACUUAUCUCAACGAGAUAAGAUCUUGACAAUCUCCGAUGAGGAUACGGAAAUGGUAUUGUUUGUCAUUAUAUAUGAUGAAUUGCAUAAAAUUUUAACGAUUAAUCCCGACUUUACGAACGAUCAUUAUUAUACCAUCACGAAUUCCAACGGCAUUCAAUUUAAUUAUUGGCUCGAGCAUGUUUCCGAGAAACAAUCGUCUUUGGAAUUGCAACAACAACAAAAUGAAUUGCGACGAGAAAUUAAGGAGCAGCUACUAUAUAAAGAAGCAGAAAUAUCUCAUGGAUUGCAAUUAGCACCACCAGAUAUACAUAAGUUUUUUAUAAAAUUCGAUAUUUUGUCAGCUCAUGAUUUCUUUUUUGAUGGACUUUCUAUUUCUUACCACAUUGACUUGCCAGAUCAUUGGAGCACAAAUCAAAAUGACAGAUUAUUUGGAAGAACUCAAAGAUGUAACUUAAAGAAUAAUUCAGCAUAUUUUAGUUAUGCUUCAGAAAUAUCAUUAGAUUUUGAUACAUCAGCUAUGCUUGAUAGAAAUAUUGUUUUAUCAUCAUGGCCUCGAUUGUUACUGUCAGUUAUAUCACUUGAUAGUUGGUUUAGGUAUCGUACAGAAGGUUAUGGAGUUAUACCUUUACCUGUAUUACCAGGUUCAUAUAAAUUUAACAUUCCAACCUGGAGACCAACUGGAAGUAUUAUUAAUACUCUUAGGAGAUUUUUUACUGGUGGUACUUAUGAAUUGGAAGAUAUGACUUACUGUGGUAUCCCAAAAGGACAUGAAGAUAAGAUGUUAAAUAAGUCACGAUUAAAUGUUACACCAAGUGGUUACAUAAAGUUAAACAUGAAUAUCGUCUAUCAAACUCAUAGUACAAUUAAGGAUAAUGAUCAGUUAGAUUAUUUUCAAAAACUGGGUACAGAUAAACUUAUGACUAAUAUAGAUAAUAUCUUUGAACAGUUCAAAGCAGCUAGAGAACGUAUGUUACAGAUUAGAAAUUUUAAUAUUUAG